CGUUAGUGACGCUGAGCCAGUGAAGGAGGCGUGUGCUGCUGCUGCUGCUCGUUUUCCAGUUAAGAAUAUUAACAAAUUCACAAUAGAAUCUUAACGGACCAUCGUUCAACAAGUAAAGAUGGCUGAAGGUGACAACAAAAGCGAAAAUAUGCUUGCUCAGGAAACGGCCCAGCUGGAGGAGCAGCUGCAGGGCUGGGGCGAGGUUAUCCUGGCUGGGGAUCGUGUCGUACGCUGGGAGAAACCGUGGUUCCCUGGAGCCCUGAUGGGUGGCACCACCGUGCUCUUCCUGAUGAUUUACUACCUGGACCCAUCAGUGCUCACUGGUCUUUCCUGCGCGGUCAUGCUGCUCUGCCUUGCAGACUACCUGGUGCCCACGCUAGCACCCAGAGUCUUCGGCUCCAAUAAGUGGACCACGGAGCAGCAACAGCGUUUCCACGAAAUCUGCGGUAACCUGGUGAAGACCCAGCGACGCACUGUGGGCUGGUGGAAGCGCCUCUUUGACCUCAAGGGUGAAAAACCCAAAAUGUACUUUGCCUCAGUGAUCAGCAGCCUGCUGGCAGUGGCCUGGAUCGGACAGCAGGUGCACAACCUGUUCCUCACCUACCUGAUUGUGAGCUUCCUGCUGCUGCUGCCCGGCAUGAACCAGCACGGCGUCAUCACCAAGUACGCGUGCAUGGCCAAGAGGGAGAUCAACAAACUGCUCAAACAGAAGGAGAAGAAGAACGAGUAAACGGAAAGUUGUGGAUGGGAAUGUCUGCAAGAUGAAACAAAAUGGAAGGUGGAAGGAAGUCUAUUGAAGAAAGAGAGAGGAUGGCAAAAAAUGGCCCCCUGCUUCCUCCGUCUUUGACACUUGUUUUUAAUUUUCACACAUCUGAUAAGUUUCAUUUGUCAUACACCUUUUUUUUUUUUUUUGACACUUUGUUAAAGUUCUCUGCCAUGCAUGCAGCCACCACCACAUGAAGGUACCUGUCAUCACACGUUCACACACGGCACUGAAAUACUCAACCACACACACAAGUACACACUUUCUUAGGUGACGUGUGUUUCAUUUUAAGAUGUCAGUAAUGCCUUUAAGCCAUUCCCUCUACUUAGACAACGUGACUACUGAGCAGUUUUUUAGCAUUACUGCAUUUUAACCCCCAUAGGUUCCUCACAGUAUUUUUUGUUUUCUUAUUCAGGACACUUUUUGUCACACGGACAGGUCAUGUAAAUUUACCUUUUUUUUCUGCUUUUGUUGUAUUUAAAACUAACGCUGAAAACCGAACUGGAUAUAAAGCUGAGCUUUUCAAGAGUUUCUAGAUAAAGCCUACUGCUGUACUGCUGCUAGCUGGACCCUGUGGUCUAUUAGCUCUUUAAAAACCCCACAGUGUAACUCAUGUGGGGGUCUCUGUGUAAAUAGGCCUAUCCCUCACUCUGUCCCUGUAUGUCCUCCUUUUCUUUGUUAUUUAUGUGCUCCUAUUUUCCCUCAAUUCAUCCAUCCUGGUUUGUUUACUGUCUCAACUCAUUUCAUCAUUUGUCUUUAUUGGAGUUCUUUACAAAAACAAAUAAAGUUUGAUUUAAAUACA